AUGUCUAAGUAUGUCCUGACCGGUGUCGGGGGAAAUCUUGGUAGGGUUGCAGCAUCAUACGCACUGGAAGUUGCCUCACCAGACAGCACUUUAGUCUUCACUACUUCCGAUCUCAAAAAGCUCCCCUGCCAUGUGCUUGAAUCAUGGAGAGCCAGAGGGGUUGAGGUGGCGCAAGUGACAUACGACGAUAUGAGCAGCCUUGAGCAGGUUUUUGCAGGCGCAGAAGCCGUGAAUAUGAUAUCGACCUGGGCCUUUGGCCGUCGUCAUGAGCAAGCCCGAAACGUGAUCAACGCUGCCAGGUCAUGCGGCGUUCGACGAAUCUGCUAUACGUCCUUUGUAGGCGCUGAUGAUCCCGCUCAUAUAAGCGACAUGCCUUUCCUUCCGCGAGACCACAAACAAACCGAGGCUCUGAUCAUUGCUUCUGGGCUGGAAUAUAAUAUUCAACGCAAUUAUCUCUACAUAGACAACAUUCCCGACUUUUUCUCUUCCUCUUGGAGCUUCUGCGGGGGUCGGUGGCUUUCAAACUCACACGGUGGCCGUGGUGCCUACGUUUCUCGUGAAGAUUGUGGCAGAGUACUUGCUGCUCUCCUCCUGGGUCGUGGUGAGCCUAACACCGUGUAUACUGUGACGGGCCCGAGGGCUGUGACAGAUAGGGAGGUAUUCGACUGGAUCUGCAACACAUUGGGGGCAAAGGGACAGCUAGUCGAUAUGCCGGACGACGAGUUACGGAAUUGGUGGAUCAGCCGUGGGCUUCCUAUUUCUGUUACGGAGCCAUCAUUGCUUCCCAUGAAGCUCUGUGUGGAUGAUCUUUUGAGCUGUGGCGAGAUGCUAGCACGAGGCUAUAUGACCAACACUAGCAACGCUGUCGAGUUGCUCACAGGACGGAAACCUGUUUCAUUCCAGGAGGCUUUAUCAAAAUAUGGGCAUGUUUUUUCUGAAGAAUAA